AUGCAUCAACCGUUGGGAUUUAAGGACCCAGUGAAUCCUCAUCAUGUCUGUCUUCUUCGCAAAUCACUAUAUGGGCUUAAACUAGCUCCUCGAGCUUGGUACAAGCGAUUUGUAGAUUAUGUUUCUUCUAUUGGCUUCUCUCAAAGCAAGUGUGAUCACUCUCUUUUCAUCUACAAGAAAGGCACUCAUAUGGCUUACAUCUUAUUGUAUGUUGAUGACAUUAUUCUUACUACCUCUUCUGAUACUCUACGAAAAUCUAUCAUUUCACUUCUUAGUUCAGAGUUUGCUAUGAAAUAUUUGGGACCUUUGAGCUAUUUUUUGGGUAUUGCAGUCACCCGCCAUCAAAGAGGUAUUUUUCUCUCUCAGAAAAAGUAUGUCGAAGACAUCCUAGUACGCACCGGCAUGUCAACCUGCAAGUCUUGUCAAACCCCAGUUGACACAAAGCCAAAGAUAAGUGCCACGCAUAGCACUCCAUAUGAGGAUCCAUCACUUUAUCGUAGUCUUGCAGGUGCUCUUCAGUAUCUCACCUUCACUCGGCCCGAUAUCUCCUAUGUCGUUCAACAGAUAUGUCUCUUUAUGCAUAAUCCAAUGGAUGCUCACAUGCAUGCCCUACGAUGCAUCUUACGCUACAUUCAGGGCACACGAAACUACGGUUUGAGUCUCUAUCCUUCACGCACUACCUUCCUAAAAUCUUAUACAGAUGCCGAUUGGGUAGGGUGUCCUGAUACAUUUCGCUCUACUUCUGGUUACUGUGUGUUUCUAUGUGAUAAUUUGCUUUCUUGGUCAUCAAAACGUCAACCCACUUUAUCACGAUCUAAUGCUGAGGCCGAAUAUCGUGGUGUUGCUAAUGUGGUUUCUGAAUCUUGUUGGCUACGCAAUCUCCUUCUCGAGUUACAUUAUCCUAUUCAUAAGGCCACCUUAGUUUACUAUGACAACGUAAGUGCAAUCUAUCUCUCCGGUAAUCCAGUUCAACAUCAACGAACGAAACACAUUGAGAUGGAUAUACGUUUCGUUUGCGAUAAAGUAGCUCGCGACCAUGUUUGGGUCCUCCACGUCCCCUCACGGUAUCAAAUUGCAGACAUUUUUACCAAAGGCCUUCCAUUAAUACUCUUUUAG